AUGUUGAGACAUGUCGUCGGGACUUCUCGGCCAGCGUGGCACAGUUCUCGCCCUUGCACUUGGCGCGGAUUUGCAACCACUGCCUUUACCGUACCCGCGCAGGGCUCGACCCCAGAACAGACCUUGUUUGUGGCGGGGCUGAACGAGGGCAAGUUCUUUGGCCAGGACGGAGCCGAAGAAGCUCUCAAGAUGGUGGAGCGCAUUGCCGAUCACAGCCCCAAGUACACUUUGCUGUUCGGGAUUCCGGAAAGAAGGUAUGAGAACUUGGAGCAAGAUCAUCGCACCAAAGAUGGAAGGUUGACCCCAAGCCGGCAGUUGGAAGGAAUCCGGCAUUGUGAGAUGAUCCCGGUCAUGCAGGCUGGUAUGGUGGAUAAAUGUCCACGAAAGCCGAUUGGGCGAUCGGUCUACACAGAUCAGGUGCACGUGGCAUGGAUGUUGUGGACGCACCCGAGGGAAGCUUUGAGAGUUUAUUGGGCUUUCUGGCGCAGAAAAAAUUACAAGGACCGGGAGUCGUGCAAGUUUUGGAUGACCCAUUUUCCGGCAUGUGCCCCCACGUUCUUUGAGGAGCGUGCACAGAUCAUUGCAAUCAGAGCCGUCGAGCACGUCAUGGCCUUGCGCAAGCAGGACGUCUUGUUGGGUGCUUCUCAGGGUGGCCGCUCACUUGCGCACUUUGCGGAAUGGAUCGGGAAGAACGGCAACAGUAUCAGGUCAGGCUCCACCUUUGCAGUCCCACCACAUCCUUUGACAUUUCCGUCCUGGACCUGGACUGCGCCACACAAUGCUCUGGUCCGUUCAAGCCCGAUUGUGGACCCGAACGGGGACAUAUAUGUUUCGACAAGCGCGGGCGAGCUUUUCAAAUUCUCACGUGAAGGUCAGCAGCUAUGGAAACGUGGCUUCAAAAACCACUAUGUCUUUGCCAAUCCCGUGUACUAUGGGCACAUAUACACCCUGCAGGACGACUGUACUUUUUUUGCCAUCGAUGCAAAGACUGGAAGCACAGUGUGGCAACGGAAGGCUGGAUAUGGUUCGGGGCCCGACACUUUGUCAGUGAUUGCGGGCAUGGGUGUCGUUGUUUCCUCAUGCUUCGGAAAGGGUGAAGGUACGUCUCUGGGUGGAGCAACUACUGUGGUGGCUUUGAAUGCUACUGACGGCAGCAUGCUAUGGUCUUUCCGUGCACGUUAUCCUCUCUACAACUGGAUCGGCUCUAUUCAGAAUCAGUCGCUCCUUUUUGCAGACUUCUUUGGAGGCACAUACCGUCUGAGUCUUAGCGACGGGUCCGUGAUCUGGACGGUCCCCCCACCUAGCCUUACUGGUGCAACGACCGGGGGCUUGGCAAGUGGGCCCAAUGGGGUCGUCUAUGUCACCAGCAACCAUGAAGAGAUCCCCAACUUCAGGUCGGGAUUCGUGUCUGCUUACUUGGUCAGCGAUGGUUCGCUUCUGUGGCGGCGAAACACAACAUAUGCGGCCAAUGCAGGUGCCGCCAUUUCACCCGGUAGCCGGCCAUUCGUGGUGGUUCCAACAGGUCCAAAUCCGGCCGUAGCUCUGCAAGGAGGUGGGGCCAAAGACUUGGAAAAGUAUAACAACACGGACGAUUUCAGGAAACCCGGCAAGCUUGUUGUUUUGGAUGGCACGGAUGGACGCACGCUGUGGGACUAUGACUUCCCAGACUGGUAUGGGCCUGCGGCCAACGACACUUUUGAGCACAGCUGUUUGCCAGAUUCCUUUGCCAAUCCAGCUAUUGCCGGGGACGGCAGCAUCUUUGUUGUUGGAGAGAGCGGCCACCUUUACCGCUUCAGGGACGCUGACGGGGACGGAAAGGUGUCUUCUGUGGACGAGAUCUACACCCACAGAUUGGGGAAUCCCCCGCUUAUGGACUCCCUCCGAGAGAAGACCGGUGGCCUGCGGCUAGCCGCGUCGGAAGAAGAACUGAGCUACAGUGCUGAGAUCGCUGGGAAAAACGGCUUGUCCGUCUCGCUGUUGCCCUCAGCUGGCGGUAGUGAUGGCGCUCCUCACCAACAGACCUGUCAGCAGGUCUUGGUUGUCAACAAUGACAUCUACGACCUGGUGGUCAAGCAUCUGACCGAAAUGAUGGGCAAGGAUGCUGCGGAGAAGUUCAACUCGCAGGACUUCUUGCGCCAGCUCCGCGACAAUGCCGACCAUCUUUGCCAGGACGUUAUCGAUCUGACACCGCUUCUGGUUUUCGUCUAUGGCAUCUUGCCACUGUGCGUGGCCCAGUUCUUGUUCCUCGGAGGCCAGUACUACCUGAAGAAGUCUGGAUUGCUUGAUGACUAUAUGGCCAGCAAUGUCGACCAACGGCUGUGA